CCCCGAUCGAAUGGAGACACUCUUGGUCGUCCCGCGGGUAUCGCUGCCACAACGCCAUGACGGAAGCGGCGACUUCCGCUCGGUGAUCUAUAUGGAAGAAGAGGCUCUGCAUGGUGAUUUCGACGAGGCAUGCAUGGCAUCCAUCCAUCAAGGUUCCGUGAGCGACUCAAAUCACGCCGACUCUCCGAUCGCCUUUGGGCAAGUUCACUCCGUUGUCUGCCUACCACACCGCUUGCAGGACGUUGCAGAGGCAUAUUCGGAGCUCGGGCUUCCUGUUGCAUUGGUGUCGUAUGGUCUCGCUGUGUCAUUGCAACGCUCAUUUUCGGAUUCAUAUGUGGCUCCGCGAGCGGACGGCCUGCACGUCAGCGACGAGUACGACUGCUACAUCGUCACCAUUCGGCCAUCCUCGUCAGUCAUUCCGGCGGCAACUAACGUCACCCUGCAUCUCCCAUCGCUUGAAUCCUCUCCAUUCCCAUCCAAGAUUGCUCGCGCCAUGGAACAUGUCGCUGGUCAUCUUCUGAGCGGCACCGUCGUGUGGCAUCGCCGCGUGGUGCCUAUCACUUGGCGCCACACACUUGAAUUCGCACACGUCAGUCUCGAUGCGUCGUCACAUUCCGCGCUGUCUGUGGUCGACGCAGCUACAGCCGUCACUGUCACGUCCGCCGCGCUGCCUCGACGAGAUACUCGUUCGCCUGAUAGCUCCGCUCCAUUAUCUUCUUCUCUCAUCGACCACAUCUUGCGGCACGUGAGCGUCGGCAUGGCGGGCUAUACCACCGAAGUACGUCGCAUAGUGUCAACCAUCGUCCACGCACUGGUUCCUCCGCCACAACUCCCACUUGCGUUGCCGAUCGGCAUGGUGCUCAGCGGCGUGCCUGGCGUUGGCAAGUCGCAUAUUCUUCGUCUCGUGCAAGCGUCCUUGAACGACUACCUCCCCACGCGGCUGCAUUGCGUCAUGCUGUCGGCGCCAGAUUUGUUUCAUACGCAGGUCGGGCAGUCCGAAGCUCAUCUCGCGGGCAUAUUUGCCGCGGCGAUGGAAUCCUCGGUCCCUACCUUGGUGUGUAUUGAGGACUUGGACGCCAUUGCAUCUACAUCGUCCGGUGUUGCGCUCGACCAGGCGCUGCUUGGCGUGCUCUUGGCAUGCUUGGAUCAAGCCACGACCAACCAGUCCAAACUUUUCGUUGUCGGUACAACGAACCGCCUGGACGCUCUCGACCCGUCCGUGCGCCGGCGCCUCUCUCAUCACGUCGCGCUGCGCCCGCCCAGCGAACUUGAUCGGAUCGCCAUGCUCGAGCUGAUGAGUCGGCAAAGCACCCCACCGUUGCCGUCCCCGUCGGUGUUGCAACAAGUGGCGGGGCGGACGUCAGGAUUUGUCGGCGCAGACUUGCUGCACCUUGUGCGAGAAGCCAUGUUGUACUCGAUCCAUGUCGCAAAGUGUCCUGGUGCCCUCCAUGACAUGGCUGCAUGGCAGCACGGCCUCACCCUCGUACGUCCCUCGAGUAUCGUCGAGCACUCGCAGCCGUCGCAAGUGGCACCAAUGCCGCCGCUGUACGGCCUCGACAACGUUUGGAAGACGCUGGACGUGGCGCUGUUGCAGCCAUUGCAAGACUCGUCGCCGUUCCGUCGCAUGGGCAUCUUCCCUCCCAAGGGGGUCCUAAUCACAGGUCCGUCCGGCGUCGGCAAGUCGCACCUCCUGGCCGUGCUCGGCGCUCACAUCCAAAAGCGCGCCACGUGUUUAUCGGUCAAGUGCACCGACUUGGUCACCAAAGUCGUUGGUGGGACAGAGGCGGCGCUGGCGGCACUGUUCGCAACGGCCCGCGUCGCCGCGCCGUGCGUCUUGCUGUUUGACCAAAUCGAGAGCCUCGCGCCGGUGCGCGGCUUCGACACCACCACUGAACAGACUUUUGACCGGGUGUUGAGUUGCUUGCUGACCGAAAUGGAUGGUUUCCAUCAAACUGGUGGCAGCAAAGACAUGCGGCGGUGGACGCACCAAGAAUUUAUCCAGCAACACGUUGUUGUAGUCGCCACAACGACGACUGCAUCUCUGUUGGACUCGUCCAUCUUACGCCCAGGGCGGUUUGACAUGGAGAUUGCUCUGGAAAUGCCGACAGCAGCGGCUCGUACGGCGGCGCUGACGCAUUUGGUGGGCGCGACCCCGAUAUCGUUGGAAUCGUCGCCGUUUGGCACGCUCGAUGCGCUCGUGGCGUCGCUCGUGGACCGAACGGAAGGCGCGACAAUCGGACAACUGCAUGCGGUGUUCCAAGAAGCCGCCAUGGCGUCGUUGAGAGAGUCGAUUCAUGUGGCACACAUUCAAGUGGCGACGCUCGAGCGAGCGUGUGACCAAGUGGUGGGGACGAGAUUUCAGCGGAAUGAGGAAGGAGCGGACAACGAUGCAUUAGUCGAGGCAGUCGAGAAGACGUCGCUAGGUGACACGGACAAAGAAGACGCGUAAAGAAACAUACCGUUGUUGAAAGAAAUCAUGCACUACAACCUAUGAUCCUGCUUGAUACACACACGUCAAUCAACCACACGAGAUCAGCGACGAUGGCUCCGAUUCGCCUUUUUGAGCUCUCAUCGAGCGACAGACUUUUGACGCGACCAUGCUGGAGCAACCAUGUGAAUUAAAGAAUACCAUGUCCUCCACAUCCUUCUAUUGCCCUCGAGCAACUUCACGAUGGGCCUUCGCCUGGGUGGAGAGAGUUGGUGACGCCGAGAUGCCGUCCACUCAACUCGUUUGUGAGCGCGCCUGUGUCAUCUAGACACGUUGUCCACACACAUAGAGGCAAAUUCUUGUGCCAGCAUGCAUGAAGACCGACGUCGUGGUUGCACAUGGUCACGAUCCAUCUUCUCCAGAUCGAUAUCGUUUCUUCCUCGCCAUCGUUUCCUCCAACUGCUCGC